GCUUUUUCAUAGUCUAUCAUAAAAAAUGUAUAACUGACGGAUAUAUAAAUGCAAAGGCAGGCCUGAUCGUCAUAACGACAGCAGCGUGGAAGAUACUAGAACACAGAAUUCUUCAAAGAAAAAAUGAAAGCAAUAUUUGUGGUUGCACUUACCGCUCUUUUGGUGGCGUUUGUUUCCGCUACUCCACCACCUGAAUGUCCCAAUGAGGAAGAAGAAGAUGUUGCCCUGUUUCCGAAUCCAGACGACUGUUCAACCUAUUAUUCCUGCAUUAGAGACACACCGGUGUUAAUGCAAUGCAACGAAGGACUUGAAUUUAACCCGGAAUUAAGAGUAUGCGAUUGGCCAAAGAAAAAUGCAAGCUGCAAACGCCGCCCUUCGAGGCCACCACAUCCACCACAUAGUACCACAUCCACAACAACAGAAGGCCUACCUAAUACCGAGCCAGUUACAAGAAUAGAAUAAAUCCAGAGUGACACCAACCUGAAUAAUAUGCAAUCAUAAUUUGUUCGAACAGCACAGCAUGUUGAAUAUGAAAAUUUUAAAACACACUAAUGUAAAGAAUAUAAUCUACAUUAUAUUCUUGCUAAUGUAGCAAUUAUAGGCAAUAAAAAAGCAUAAAAAUUAACAAAUA